UCCAUUUACUGCGCAUGCCCAGUGACAUAAAAUUGGGACUUUGCCGCAGAGCAUCUGUCCGCCAUUUCAUAUAUCUGAAACCUAUCUCACAACUUUCUCUCAAAUGUCUUCGGUUGACGAGGAUCAGUCAUCACAACCUUCAAUAGGAGAUGGAGACAGCUUUAGUAAAGCCAAGCCAGUGGAAGAUAACCACGUAAAAAUGAAUGGGCUAAAUGAGGAUUCUGCUGGUUCUGCCUCUGAGAGUGGUGGGGGUGGUGGGAUUAAGGAGCCUAAGGAAAAUGGGUUUUCUAAUCAUAGUAUCAAAAGUUCUUCAAGUAAUAAGCAUAGCAGUUCCCACCACCAUUCUUCAAAAAGUAGCAGUUCUGACAAGCACCAUAGCUCAUCAGAUUCCAAACACAAGGAUGGGAGUUCUUCUUCAAGCUCAAAGCAUAAAGACGGGUCAUCAAGCUCAAGCUCAAAACAUAGAGAUGGCUCAAGCUCCUCAUCGAAGCAUAAAGAUGGUCAUUCUUCAUCCUCAUCCUCUAAACAUAAGGAAGGGAGCAGCUCUAAGCACAGCUCUUCAAGUUCUUCCAAAAACAAAGAAGGUAGUUCAUCCUCCAACAAAGACAAAAGUAGUAGCAGCAGCAGUAGUAGCAAGCCUAAGGAGGGCUCCUCAUCUGACAAACAUUCAAGUAGUAGCAGCAGCAAGCCAAAGGAUAGCACUUCUUCACACAGCAGCUCUAGCAGUUCUAAAAACAAAGAUCACCACAGUAGCAGCAAAUCUAAGGAAGGGGGCAGCAGUAGCAAAGACAGGUCUAGUUCUUCAAGCAAGGACAAAAGCAAAGAAUCUAGCAGUAGCAGUAAAGAUAAACAUAAAUCCUCAUCUUCUUCAUCUUCUAAACAUAAGGAUGAUGAGAAACACAAGUCAUCUUCUGAGGGGGAUAAACAUAAGUCAUCAUCUAGUAAACAUGAAGCUGAAAGGCCAAAAAAGGAAGAUGUUAAAGUGAAACAGGAAGAGCCAGAAAAAAGUGUUAAAAAGGAAAUAAAGACGGAAGAUGAUGUUGACGUGCUUAGUGAUUCACCUGAAAAAGUAAAGAAGGAGCCUGAGAGAUUAUCUGUAUCUCCUGUUAAAAAACCAGCUAUAAAAUCUGAGGAUGAAAGUGAUGAUGAUGAUGACAAACCAUUGUCGGCCCGUAAAAAAGAAUCUCGUUCCACAAAAAGACCAGUAGAAGAAUCUGAUUAUUCAGAUGAAUAUCAAGAUGAAGAAGAUGAAGAUAGUGAUGUUCCAUUGUCAGCAAGGGCUAACAAAGCCAAGAAGCUCAAGCUUGAUAAGAAGGCACCCAAAAAAUCAAAUGCAGUAGCAGAUAAGAAAACAGCACCGGCUAAAAAGCAUAAGAUAAAGCAUGAAGUAAAAGAAGAAUCUCACGAAGAGCCAGCAGCAAAAAGAAAAAAGAAAGGAACAGAAGAAGAACAGGAAGUGUGGAAAUGGUGGGAAGAAAAACGUGAAGACAGUGGUGUUAAAUGGACAUUCCUUGAGCAUAAAGGACCAGUGUUUGCUCCAAAUUAUGAACCUCUACCAAAAAAUGUUCGCUUCUAUUAUGAUGGUAAACCAAUGCAGUUAACUGAAGAAACAGAAGAGCUUGCGACAUUUUAUGGUCGGAUGCUUGAUCAUGACUAUACAACUCGAGAUGUUUUCAAUAACAAUUUUAUGAAAGACUGGCGAAAGGUCAUGACACCGGAAGAAAAAGCAAAAAUUACUGACAUAAAAAAGUGCAAUUUUACAGAAAUCUUGGAAUAUUUUAAAAAGAAGUCUGAGGAGCGUAAAGCAAUGUCAAAAGAAGAGAAACAGAAAAUUAAAAAAGAAAAUGAAGAAAUGAUGAAAGAGUAUGGAUUUUGUAUAAUUGAUCACCAUAAAGAGAAAAUUGGAAAUUAUAAAAUUGAACCGCCUGGCCUUUUCCGUGGUAGAGGAGAUCACCCUAAACAAGGCAUGCAUAAAAAGAGAAUUAACCCUGAGGAAGUGAUAAUAAAUUGUAGCAAAGACUCCAAGAUCCCAGUACCACCUCCUGGUCAUAAAUGGAAAGAAGUACGACAUGACAAUACUGUCACUUGGUUAGCCAGCUGGACAGAGAAUAUUCAGGGGGCUACAAAAUAUGUCAUGUUGAAUGCUGCUUCCAAAUUAAAGGGAGAGAAAGAUUGGCAGAAAUAUGAAACUGCUAGAAAACUUCAUAAAUGUGUAGACAAAAUCCGAGCCAAUUAUCAGGAGGACUGGAAGUCAAAGGAGAUGAGAGUUAGACAAAGAGCUGUAGCCUUAUAUUUUAUCGACAAGCUUGCCUUGAGAGCUGGUAAUGAGAAAGAGGAAGGAGAGACAGCAGACACUGUUGGCUGCUGUUCAUUGAGAGUUGAGCAUAUCACAUUGCACAAUGAGAAGGAUGGAAAGCAACAUGUUGUUGAAUUUGACUUCCUGGGUAAAGAUUCCAUCCGGUAUCAGAAUGCAAUUCCAGUUGAGAAAAGAGUCUUCAAGAAUCUGCAGCUUUUUAUGGAAAACAAACAGCUAGAGGAUGACCUUUUUGAUAGACUGAAUACCACCAUCUUGAAUAAACAUCUUCAAGACUUGAUGGAGGGGCUUACAGCUAAAGUAUUCCGUACCUUUAACGCAUCUAAGACUUUAUCAGAACAACUGGCCUUGCUUACUAACCCUAAUGAUUCAGUAGCAGCUAAGAUGUUAGCUUACAACAGAGCCAACAGAGCAGUUGCUAUUCUGUGUAACCAUCAGCGUGCUGUACCAAAAACAUUUGAAAAGUCCAUGGAAAAUUUGAUGAAAAAGAUUGAUUCCAAAAAAGCAGAAAUCAAACAAGUGAAGAAGGAAAUAAAAGGCAUUAAGACAGACUAUAAGAAGGAGAAGUCUGUUAAGACAAAGACCAUGUAUGAAAAAAAGAAAAAAACCCUGGCCAGAUUGGAAGAACAACUUACAAAGUUGGAGGUUCAAGCAACUGAUAAGGAUGAAAAUAAAGAGAUAGCCUUAGGGACAUCUAAACUCAAUUAUUUGGAUCCCAGAAUCUCAGUGGCUUGGUGCAAGAAAUUCGGUGUGCCUUUGGAAAAAGUCUACAACAAAACUCAGCGAGAUAAAUUUAGGUGGGCUAUUGAUAUGGCUACAGAACACUUCAAAUUUUGAUGAGAGCAGGAUUAUAGCUGUACAUUAUUUGAUUUGCACGUUGAUGUUUUAAGAGAUGAUUAUGAAAAACUGAUGGUUUGUUUACACAUUACCAGUCAUUAUUGUUUUAAAUUAUCCUUAUUGACUGACAGGACAAGUAUAUGGCUGUUUCAGUACAAAUGAAAUGGUAUUAUUUUUCUCUCAAUUUCUAUUACUUAUAUGUCGUAAAAUAUUAUUUUUUAAAUUUAUUUGACAAUAUAAGAAAAGUACUUCAGAUCAUUAUUGAAAAGUGUUGCUUGUAUUCAUAGAAAUUAUUCAAUUUUGUAUUAGUGCAUUCAGUUUUUCUAACAUUGCCUAAACUAGAGGCAAAUAUGAAGGUAAAAACACAUUUUUUUUAAAUUAUGAAAAAUUAUGGUUUAACCACUGUUACUUUUAUUUGAAAGCCUGCAACUUUUUACUUGGCUAUUUUGAGGUUUUGCUCAAUAAAUUGAGUUGAUCAUAUUUUGCCACAAUCAAAAUUUUUUUUUAAAAAGUUAUCACUACCUACAAAUAUUUUAAGUGAAUCAUUUUAAACCAGAUGGAUAGGCAGUAAGUUGUUGUUCUGGAAUCAGUAUUUACUGAGGCUUUCAGCUGAAUUAAUUUUACAAAGGUAAAAGUAGUUAAAUUUGAAUGCAUUUAAUAGAAUUUGUGAUUGAUACCUCUUAUCAGAGUGGCUGUUAGUUAUUUUGUCAUUCUGUACCUUUUUACAUCAGUAUUUUUCUAUGUUCCUCAUUGGUUUUAACCAUUAAGUUAGCAAUAUCUUGUUAUGGAUUAACACUACAAGGAAAGCAGCCUAGAAAUAGUCAUCGCAUUAACUUUUUGGCUAUUGUAAAGAAUAUUUUAUUCAAAUUUUACUUCAUUUUGUUGAUAGCAUUUGUUUCCAUUGUAUAUAUGAUCAGUAUAGUACAUGUUGUCUGUUGUAUUUAACCUUGUUAGACCAUACUGUGUAAUUUCCACUAACAGUUUUGAGUUCACAACUGAGGGAAUUUUAAUCCACGCAUCAAUUCAUGACCAAUGUAGUAGUGUUUGAAUUGUUUAACUAAAGGAUGCAUGUUCUCGACUAAACUCAGUGUCCAACUCAUGAUUCCAGUGUUACCACACUGUGGUGGUACCCUUGUUUGUUUUAUAUAGAAAUCUGUAGUUUGCUUUGUUUCAUUUUUUUAUUCUUAUUUUGUGGAGAGUACUACAUAACUUAAGAUUACAUUAUGUUUAAGUAAUACAAUGUUUACCCUGAUGCAUUAAAUUUUAAGAAUACAAACAAAUGAGAUUAAAUUAUUUUGUUUUAACUUACAUCAACUACUUAACAAAUACAUGUUUUUUUGAGGUCUCGUCAUGAGUUUAUGUUUAGUGAAACUUGAUUAGAAAAGAGCAUGUUAAAACAUCUGAAAGAUAAAUUGAUGUUAAACAAGUUGGGUUGCAGUAAGUCACCUGUGAAAGUGAAGUAAAAGAUGAAAUCAUUAAACUAUUGUAAGCUAGUGGAAUGCAAUUUAUUGUGUACAUUGAUUUUUUUAAUAGUAUUUCUACUGCACUGAUUUAAGUUACAUACUUUUAAUAUUUUUACAAAUGUCUAAUUUUAAGGAGGGGGGGAGGGGGGUGAGUACAAUUGUGAUAUUUUAUAUUGAAGUGCAUGCCACAUAAAGUUGACAGAUUUUUAACAUUUUAUCUGUAUGUCACUUAAAAGUACUCAAUCACUUGGAUUAAUAAAUAAUUAGCUUAUCCUGGCUACAAUUUGUUUUAUGAAGCCUUUGCCAGGAUUUCAUCAAUAAAAUUACUUUCAAUUUGUAUUGUCUGGCUGAAGUGAAUCUGCUGUUUUUUUUUAAUUUUAUUAUUUUUAAAAUACAAAUCUCCAUGGCCAAUGCUUGGUCUUGUCCACGCCUUUGUUAGGCAUACACAGAAUUGUUAAAUAAAAAGAUCAUAAUUUCAUUCUCCUUUCACAUUGAAAAAGCCAAACUUUCUUGGGGUGUAAAUUAAAAGGACAGAACAUGUAUUGUAUUAGACGCAGCACUAAAAAUUGUUGAUUUUAACUGUUAAUAAUAUUUAAAGUAAAUCAUCAAGUAUUUACAUUUGUCUCAACCAUUUUAUUUUAUUCAUCAGUAUAUGUUUUUUAUUUUGGUAUGUAAAUCUUGUUAAAAGCAUAGCCACUAUAAAUUUAUUUCUCAAAAGAAAGUAUUUGCCAUUUUGUUUGAGAUACAUGUUACUUGCCUAUUGUAUUGAUUGAGUCUACUUUUAUUAUUGUUUAUUUGAGCAACUUUGUAGUCGAUUAUCAUAUCAAUAAACUUGUCAUUAUUAUUACCUUGGUACUGAUAUUUUUGGUGUAGUUUUAGGGUUCUCAGUUGAGCCAUGGCGUUAAGCGUUGAAUUGGGGGUAAGGCAUUGUGUUAGGGGUUCAAGUCAUCUUAGGGUUCUGAUUUGGGCCAAUGUAUAAAGGGUUGAUUUGGGUUGUUGCAUUGUGUUAGUGGUUUAAGUAUAAGGGUUCUGACUUGAGCCACAGUGUAAGGGGUUAAAUUUGGGUACCAAGUUAAGCCAUAUGGUCAAAUGUUGCUGUAUUGUUGGAUUGGGGUCAGUCGAGACUUUUGUCCAGCUGGUAUAGGAUCUCAUUCAACAGACACAAAUCUGUUGAGGGACAAUGUAUAUAACUACACCAAAUGUGUUGACUGGUGGGAGGGGAGAUACAGUUGUAUUCACCUGAAGUGGGGUGACGUUUUAAGUUGACCAUAGACCUACAUGUCAUGUUUUUAAAAACGACUCCUAGAAUUCUUAUGACCAAGAAUGUCAUAUUUGUAAGAAUGUUAACAUAUGUAUAUCCAAAGUAUCCACUAGUUGUGUAUCAGCACUACAGUGAUGAGAGUUCUUAUGACUAGUAUGUCAUAGCUGUAUGAGUAUGUUAACAAAUGUAUGUCCUACACAGCUACUAUUAUAGUCUUCAUGCUACAUCAGUGAUCACAUACAAUCUUUAUGGCCAGUACAUCAUAUGUGUAAGAAUGUUAACAAAUGUAUGUCUAAAACAUCUGUUAGUUGUGUAUCAUAAUCCUAAUGGCACUACACUGAUCACAUAGAAUUCUUAUGGACAGUAUGUCGUAUGUAAGAUUCUUUAGUCUUCAUGCUAUUACAGUGAUCAGAAAGCACUCAUUGAUAUUGUCUGGACAAUUUUUUUUUUACAUUAUGACUAAUGCCACUUGUAUACACGUGAAUGUUUCCCUUAUGUACAUAAUACAUAAUCACACAUGCAAUUCUCUGGAGUCAGACAAUAUUUUUGUUACUGCGUCAACAAUGCAAUGGGGGAAAUGUUUAUGUUUACUUGGUCUGCCUUUUACAUUGUAAUUGUACACACCAGUAGAAAGUCAUUGGCCCUACACUCUAACCUCGAGACCAUCGUAUAUGAUAACAGGCAUUAAUAAAGUUUUAUGCUAACAUC